AUGUCACGUCCAUUUUACUUCAAUCCCGCAGGACCUGGCAGUCGAGACCACCGAACUACUCCUACGAGAGAAAUACGACGAAACGGAGAACUGCCCCUGAAGUUCUGUCUCAAGGCGUACUUUACGCUCGACGGAACAAUCUACGAGCAGGUGAAGGGAACGCCAAUGGGCUCGCCGAUUUCGGGACUCAUAGCUGAGGCGGUCCUACAACAGUUGGAGUUGCUGGAUUUCCGACACCAUAGACCGAAAUUCUGGGCUCGGUAUUCGGAUGACACCUUCGUCGUCAUCGAACGGGAUCAGGUGCUGACAUUCAAAGAACAUCUCAACGCCGUCUUCCCGGGCAUUCAGUUUGCGAUGGAGGAGGAAUAA